CAAGUAAACACCCGAGCGCAAAUGCGGACUAUAUAUAUAUCAGCCCCUCUCGGUCUCACGAGCAUAUUUUCCACAUCAACCUCGAAUCUUCAAACAUAAGAGAUUGUCCAUCAUGGGUUCGAUAGCACCACUGAAAAUCGCCGUCCUCAUAAACAGCCCACCCGGCAAUGAAUUCUGGAAUGACGUGAAAAAGGCAUACGACGAUGCAUUUCACUCAGUCGCAUCGGAUGCCCAGAUUGACUGCUACGAUCCCGUGUUCGACGCCAACUUCCCCGAUCCCGGAAAAUACGACUUUAUCGUCCUAAGCGGAGGGAAAGCCGAUUCCUCUUCAUCAGAGCCAUGGGUGCUGGGAGUGCUGGAUUUCGUCCGGAACACGGCGCGAGACUUUCCCAAGGUCAAGAUGCUGGGUAUCUGCUGGGGUCAUCAAGCCAUUCAACGGGCGCUGGGAGGUAUUGUUCAUGCUGUUCCGACUGGUCCAAUUGCCGCAAUUCAGGAUACUAAACUGACCCCAGAGGGUAAGGACUUUUUCCGCUUCGCUCCAGGAACCGAGUCCUAUCGAGCACCCGAAUUCCACGUCCGCGAAGUAGCCAAACCGGCACCCAACUUUAUCCAUCUCGCAGAAGGCCACGAAUGUUUUGUGAACGAAGCGAACACAAUCCUCACUUUCCAGGCCCACCCGGAAAUUCACAACGCUCUUGCGAAGAAAAUGUUUGCCGAUGAGGAUGAUGUGUAUACCGGCAACUCGUCAAAGGAGCAGAUUGCGAAGGAAAUUGAGAAGCUGGAUAAGCCGAUGGAUGGUCGAUUGUUGCUGGAACGGAUCGUUGAAUGGGCGAGGAAGUGAUUGUUGCUAGUAUCGGAGGAAAUAAUUUUUGCUACUAGUAGUAAUGUGAUGUGAACCAAAUUGAAUAUAAAAGUCAAAG